AUGUCGGAUGAUAAGCGAAGAACUAUGUUCCCGCCAAGUGAUCUAAAACUUCUCCAUAACGCUUCCUCCCCAGCACGGGUAAGCAAGCCAGUGAGAGCAUCUACGGAUCUCAUUCAAAAGAUUGCAAACUUGUCAAAUGCCGAAGUCGCAAACAUAACAUCGUCGAGCAGCAGGUCAACAGCUCAGGCAACCCGCGACAUGAAAAUGUCAAAACCGACUUCACGGCCCAGCGAUCAUGACAACAAGGGUAAAAUGGCGGCACAUCAAUUAAAGAAAGAUAAUCCCUGGUCUUCAUAUCAAGGCUUAGUGUAUACGGAUGAUAGAGGUAACUCUGUUGGCGCGUUUCAUCUCCGCAAGAGUAAUACUCUACGCAGUAUUGUGCGAGUUAGCCCCUCGCUGGAUGAAUCGUGGGUCCACGAGCUACUCAAAAUUGAGCAUAAGCAUAUUGUACGUUUGUGGGAAGUAUUCCAAUUUGAUAAAGACAGCUUCUUGGUUUAUGAGAUGAUGGACAUGUCCUUACAGGCUUUGGUGGCAUGUCAAUUGGCUUUCAGAGAACCUCAAGUGGCGAGAGUAUGCGCAAAGAUCCUUCAAGCCAUUCGUUAUCUUUCGGAUAAGCAUCUUUUUCAUAAUCAUAUCAAUACUUCUAAUAUUCUAGUCUCUAGGAAUGGCGAGAUAAAACUCAGUCAAAUUCAUAUAUGUUCACGAGAAACUGAGGACAGUGAAUUUGCGAACUCUUUUGAUUUAUGGUCGCUUGGUCAAGUAAUGUUGGAAAUGAUGGAGCCAGAUUCAGCAAUACUUCCUACCUAUAAGCCCGGUGAUACUUUAAAGCUUACGUUAUCAAACGACUGGUCACCACAAGCUAAUGAUUUUCUCCGGAACACGUCAUCAGUAUCUGUCAUCAAUCUUCCGAGCUUUAUCACUGAUCUUUCAAAACAUGUAUUUCUUAGAAAAAUAGACGCUGAUGAUAGUGCUUUAGAUGUUAAUGUUUGGCUUGGGCAUCUAACUGGAAUGAGAAUAUGGUCACCUAUAGCUGAUGAUUAG